UACAUUCAAAAAGCAGCCAACGUCCCGCUGCAGGAGAGUGUGGCGUGGGACCGUUUCUGCUUCCACUGAGACUUUACGAGACCACGGACCGAAAAGCACCGAAAUAUGCUCCGGACAAACGGGACACCGGCUUAGUUUUGUUGACUCAAAGAAAAGUUACCGAGAGAGGCUGCGGUGGGAUAAACGAAAAGACGACGAGAAGAGUUUGCCGUUCGAGCAGGUGAAUCACGUUUUUGUUGUUGUUGUUGUUGACCGGAGAGGAUCACACCGCAUCACAAGACCCAGUCUCACCUGAGCCCGAGAAGAAAGGUGAAAAUGUCCCUGGAGAGUUACUCAGCGCUGGACGAGUCCUCUCUCCGAGCCUUGCUGGACGGAACCGUUGAUCUGGACGAGAGGCGCCUCAUCCGCUCGGCCAUCCGGGAGCUGAGGAGGAGGGAGAUCGAGGACAUGGAGGCCGCUCUGGCCAGCAAGAGGUUUCGACCCACGCGGUUCAAUCAGCAGGAAGACAAAGAGAACCAGCACAGGUCAGAAUCCAAUGAGAACCUGGACGUCUUGUCAAAGAAACUGCAGUCAAUCCGAGACAUCGAUGAACUCAUGAAAAUGCUCCGUGCGGCCGGCGAGUACGAGGAGAGGAAGUUGAUCCGAGCGACCAUUCGACAAAUCCGAGAAGAGCAGGAAAGGUGUGUGGAGAGCGGGAGAGCAUCUGGUCGCUGCCAAGAACCCGAGAGUGUGGAGUCCCGAAGCGGCAUGGGAACUGGAGAGACAGAGCGCGAGAGCCACAGUGAGCGGGAGCACAUCAGAUCUCAGAUCCAGCAGACGCAACAAAGAAAAGGUUCCAACUCAGGCAUGGUGUUGGUUCUUGAUCACCUGGUAAAGGAUGACAGCUCUGAACCUCUGUUGAUCCAGCCUCAGCGAGAAGCUGUGGCCACAGAGUCUGACCUGGUCAUGUCUCACCGUGAAAGGUCAGACUCCACGGCUUCUGACCGCAGCGGGACCUCCGUGCUCUCCAAAUCCAAUCUGGAUUCCGUGGCCUCAGAGAAGAGCCUGGGCUCAGCCUACAGAGCCCGACUCGACUCGGGAGCCUCAGAUAAGAGCCAGAGUUCCUCCCAGCGUGGCCGGCUAGACUCUGCAGCAUCCGAGCGAAGCGUCGGCUCCCAGUCUCACAUCCGACAGAGGCUGGGCUCAGAUGUCUCCGAUACAUGUGUCAGACCCCGUCUGGGCUCUGGGGCUUCGGACAGCUUCGGUCUCCUGUCGAGGAAGCGCGCGGACUCGGGGACAUCUGAUCGGAGCGUGAGUAUGACCUCUGAGGAGAGGGGCCCGACAGAGGAGGUGGAGGUAGCCACAAGUGGGUCGACCUGCAGCACAGAUUCAGAAACCGAGAGCAGAAGCCAAACACCAGGCGGCAACCAAGCUCCGACCAAGCAGGACGGCACAGCUGACCAGGAUCAGCCUGAUGGAGCCGUUUUAUCUCGGGGACAUCCUGCGGAUGGUCUGCUCAACGGCAGUGCCAAGGGAAAAACUGACUUCCAGAAGCAAAAGAUAACACUUAUCAAUGAUCUGCCCCUCACUCAUGGAAAACCAAAGGAUCCUGCACCUGAGAGGAAAGACGUCAUAUUGGAACAAUUCAGCCGCACCAACUCUGUCCGUGACCGCAUGCGCAAGUUCACAGAAGCCAGCCAGAGCUCAAACACCCCCCCUUUGAAGAAGGCUCCUCUGAGGAACGGGAUCACCUUCGGCAGCAGCGGCCGGACAAAUCUUUCCAGAGCCGCUGAACUGUUUACACACCCGACAGCAUCCCUCAGCACAUCUGGAGACAGGCCAGCGAGGCCACGUGUGGACCCCGCAUCUGACACAAGCGCAGCAUCCCAGAGUCAGGCCACACCUCAGCCAAGAGGCGUGGCUAGCAAACCUCUGUCUGCAGCGAGCCAAUCGCACAACGCCAUGGGUGGGAUGAGGCAUCCAGCUGAAAAAGAUGUGCACUCCUCCAGUGACUCAAAGGAAGACAGUACCCAAGGGAGAGCAGCAGGAAAAAAAGUCACCCAGGGAGAGGCAGACCCGGACAUGAAGACUUUUCUCACCAUAGAGAUCAAGGAUGGACGCGCCACCACCACAUCCACAUCGGCCCCUAGAACCACCAUUGUGCCCAUCACCACCACCAUGACCCCACGCAUCACUACUACUGCCCUGGGGCAAAGGCCAGAGUUGACCCUCGGCCUAAGAGCAACACCGUUCAAGAUCACCUCGUCCAGCUUCUCCUCUGGACCCUCCAUCACGAUGGAGACGGAGCCGGUCGUUGCCUCCGAGCCAGUGUUUAACGUUGGAUCGUCUGUCCAGGUGGCGUGUCACGUCCCAGCCAUCCCAAACGGCUCCAGCACCACUCAGGCCAAACCCGUCGAAUUCGAAAUAAAACCCGUCGAAUUCCAAAUAAAGCCUGUCGACUGCUCCGAAGUAAAACCUGUCGAAUGCUCCGAAUUUAAACCUGUGGAGUGCUCCAUAAAGAAACCUGUCGAGUGCUCCGAAUUUCAACCUGUCGAAUGCUCCAUAAAGAAACCUGUCGAAUGCUCCGAAUUUAAACCCGUCGAAUGCUCCAUAAAGAAACCUAUCGAAUGCUCCGGAAAAAUGACGGCUGAACAGCUGGCUGCAAUCGAGGAUGAAGAGCUCCUCGACAAAAUGCUCGACGAGUCGAAAGACUUUGAAGAAAGGAAGAUGAUCCGUGCAGCCAUGAGAGACCUUCGCAAGAAAAAGAGAGAGGCCAAGUUGGGAUGUACUCAAGAGGAAAUAGAUCAGAGAGAAAAGGAGCGUGAGACCCGUCUGCAGGAGCUCCGGCAGCAGAGAGAAGAGCGAACGCAGAAAGGUCGUCCCGGAGCAGGAGAGGUGGUGAUGAGGAAGGUGGAGAAGUCAGCUGAUGGCUCAACCCUCAGCCAAGUCACCAAGACAAAUCGCUUCGCCCAGUCUGAUGAUGGGAGCAGAUCAACGCGCAGCACCGUUGUCGAGUCCAGUUACACGCAGAAAACAGACAGAGGCACAGUCCAGUCAAAAUCAUACAGCUUCUCCUCCUCCUCCUCUUCCUCCUCCUCUAAUACAAGCAAAAAAGUGGGCAGUGUGUUCGACCGCGAGGAUGACUCAUCGUCUCGAACUAACAGCGCCGCUCUGGAGCGAAGGCAGGCGGAGAAGCGCAAGGAGCUGAUGAGGGCUCAGACGAUGCCGAAAUCAUCCGGUGCGCAGACCCGCAAAGCCAUGAUAGAGAAGCUGGAGAAGGAGGGAGGCGGCCCUGGAAAUCAGGCAGUGGCCAAGGUAAACAAGGUUCAGCGCUCCACCAGCUUUGGUGUACCCAACGCAAACACCAUCAAACAAAUGCUGCUCGACUGGUGUCGUGCCAAGACCCGCUCAUAUGAGCACGUGGAUAUUCAGAACUUCUCCUCCAGUUGGAGCAAUGGCAUGGCGUUCUGCGCCCUGGUGCACAAUUUCUUCCCCGACGCUUUUGACUACAGCGCCCUGAGCCCCAGCAAUCGCAGGCAAAACUUUGAGGUGGCCUUCAGCGCGGCAGAGACCUACGCCAACUGCAUGCCUUUGCUGGAGGUGGAGGACAUGAUGAUCAUGGGUAACAAACCAGACUCCAAAUGUGUCUUCACCUACGUACAGUCCCUCGUCAACCACCUGCGCAGAUACGAGAUGUCCAUGGGUCGACCCUGUGACCUCUGACCUGUGUUCAGUGCGCACCGGGGCUCGGCAUGGCAUCACCCCCAUCAUGCCCCCCUCCCUCCUCACCGGCCCUCACCCAUCCCCACCCACUCCUCCCCCUCCAUUCAUCUGAUGAGCGCCUCCACUCUGACAGGCCAGAUGGACAAGUUUUGGAUUGUGUGUGUGUGUGUGUGCGUGUGUUUGUGUCAGUUUGCUUCGUGUCUCUGUUGGCAGUGGUAUUCAUUAUUAUAUUUCUCUUCCGGACACACACUGUUAACACAAAAUCUACCUUUCCGCAGCAAGAGGGCGCCAAAGUUUCUAAUAUGCUUUAUUUUAAGCUUUAAAAUUUAACAUUUUUGUUUUUUCUACUCAAACUUGACUUUGUGCCAGUUUGCUAGUAUAAUGAAACACACCAUACAAGAGAAAUAUAUUUUAUCUUAUACCCUAUUUAAAUUAUUUUUAACUACUUUUUCCUGCCUCACAUUUGACAUUAUUCACACUUUUGUCUCUUAAUUCCUCUAAAGGGAAAACUAUAUGCUCAGUUAUUCUGGUACUUUUCAAACCAAGCUUGUUGAUGUCUUGAAUUAAGUGCUUAUGAUUCUUAUGUAAUCAAACACAGUGGCGCUUUUUAAAACGCGUGCACAGGGAAAUUCUGUCACUACUCAUGCGGUUUCAGCGUUGCUGCAGAACAAGCGUUGAGUAACUUUUUAAUGAACAUUUUAACUCAGAUUUUUUUUUUUUAACAGCAAACAUUAUUGCAGUUAAACCUGUUUUUAUUUAGGUACAUGCAUAGAAAAGGGGAUGGGGUUGGAGUCUGAGGAUGUACAGCUGUAUUUUCUCAUUACUUGAUGUACAAAGGACCUCACUGCACUGUCGUCCAGCAUCACUGCGCAGCCCUGCCAAACACACUCACACACAGCUCUAUUCAAGGACUCCAUGUUUAUGCUUGAGUACUUCUUUUUUUUUUUUUUUGGAUUAUUAUUAUUUUGUUAGUGUGUACAUUUUCAAAAAGCUUUGUUUAAAGUUAGUGAAUAAGCUCAAGCUACCAGACUAGUGGCUCCUGAAACAAAUCGGGGUGACUUUCUGUUUGAAAGCCGGCUUUCAGGAAAGACAUGAUUAAUCAUGACUGAUAUCUGCCAGUUGUAUAUUUAACAAAAUGAAGUUAAGAGAAAAAGAUAAACAUUUAGAUGAAGAUUUUUAUUUGUAAAGUUGUAGAAAUGUCUACAAUUUGCUUUCAAAGUUGAUUUUUUUUGGGGGGGGUGGGGUAGAUCUGAGAAAUUAUUUGAGAAUGACUUUACUGCUGCCGACUGAAAAUCGAAAAAACCUUCCACUAAGCAGUGAGUGUUGUGUAUAUAAGAGCUUAAACACUUUAUUAUUUCAUGUUUCUGUGCACCACGGCGAAAUGUGAAAUAACGAUUAAACCAAUUUGAGAAACGAA